AUGCUUAAAUUAAGUACCAUUGUUCAAACCAAUAAGAACAUGAAGAAGGGAAGUAAAAGACAGAUUGGGAAUACUAUGAAGGAAUGCGGAUUGAAUGGAAAGCUUUUUUACUAUCCUCAACAUGGAAUUUGGGAAAAGGUAAAAAAGAAGGCUAAGAGGAACAAUAUCCCCUCUUCGAUUUCCUUUUCAUCAAUUUGGUCGGCUAAGACAGUUGGAAGAGACAAUCAUCUUUCCGAACAGAAAUCGGAGGUUGGAGACUCUGUAUCAAAAGCCACUCAUCAGAGGAAUGAAUUGAAGGAGGACAUGAUGAUGGAACUGAGAGAAAUGUUGGAGGAACUGAAGAAGGAAAUAAGGGAAAUCAAGAUGGAAUUCAUGAUGUUAAAGCAAGAGAUCCAAAGUCUUAGAUCCGUAACUGCAGCGGGGUCCUAUUUGAAUCAGGAGCCUGAUUCCUGUUGCAAUGACACUGUGUCUGAUCUCUAA